AUGAAGGCACUCCUGAGCACAUGCCUCCUCUUGGCCCUGCUUUCUCCAGCAUUGCCUCUGAAGUGCAGAUACGCAUUUAACAAGACUGGACUGACAUAUGAUCACUAUAAAAGAACAUAUUGUAAAUUUGGUCAAGAUUCCUGUUCUGCCAGUGUUCUGCGUACAAAUCUAGUGAAAUUCCGAGAGCAACUUUUGAAUAGAUGCUUGCCAUCCACAAGCUGUUCCUCAGGCCAUUACAGCUUCACUGCAGGGGAUGGUAAAUUCUUUCAGAUGAAGAAGCACUGCUGCAAGACUGACCUGUGUAACAAUGCAACUCUCAGCCUUCCUGAUCGCAACAUGCUGGCUGAAAAUGGUUUGCAGUGCCCAUCCUGCUUUUCUAAAGGAACCAUAAUGUGUAAAAGUGAGAAGACCAUCAACUGCCUUGAGAAUGAGACCCAGUGCAUUCAAUCCACACUAGCUCUUCUUACCGGUGCAUUUGAACCCCACAGUUUCACUUUCCAAGGUUGUGGAACAACAGAUUUUUGUGGCCAUCGGGAACAAUCAAAGAACAAUAAUCGGAGAUGGGACUUUCUCCUUUCUUUUACCCAAGAAAGUUGUUACAAUGCUUCACGAAUCUCACACCAGCCUGAACAUGAAGAGUGAAUGGGACAGUGUAGACCUCCAAAAUCUAUGGCAAUGAGGGGGAAUUGGAGGCCUAGUGUUGAAAUUCAGGACUCAGGAUCUCUGUUUCUUUCUUUUUUGCUUUUGGUUGAAGUAAAGGGAAGCAAGGGGCAGAGAAAAAGAGGUCAGAAUAUGGGAAUUGUGGAUUCUAACU